AUGGUAUUCGUUAGCAGCUCUUUUUCCAUUGCUCGCCGUUCCCUUCUCCGUCAUCGAGUUUUACAGAGGCAAGGGAUCCAUGGAGCUCAUGGAUUGCGCCAAUUUCAUGGGCCAUUCACGUGGAAAGCGGCAGCACUCUUCAUUGCCACUGGUGGUGGAUUGUGGUAUUACUUCACGACUGAGAAGGCGAAAAUGCUGGAAAAGAGACAACAAGAGUUAGCUACCGCGAGCUAUGGGAAAGCUAAAAUCGGUGGUCCUUUCUCUUUGAUAACGCAUGAAGGCAAGCGGUGCACAGAGAAAGACUUAAUGGGGCAUUGGAGUUUGCUUUACUUUGGGUUCACAAAUUGCCCCGACAUUUGCCCUGAUGAGCUUGAUAAGAUGGGUUCUGUUGUAGACUCUCUAGACAGAGAGUUUGGAAAGAUCGUGCAGCCGGUGUUUAUUUCUUGCGAUCCGAGACGGGAUACCGUUCAGCGGACGGCCGCAUAUGUUAAAGACUUCCAUCCUCGGUUAAUCGGGCUUACAGGAGACUACGAGGCCGUCAAAGCAACAUGCAAGGCGUUCCGGGUUUAUUUCUCGACACCACCCGACACAAAGCCUGGGGAUGAUUACCUUGUGGAUCACUCGAUCUUUUUUUACCUUAUGAAUCCAGCGGGAGAAUUCGUCGAUGCAUAUGGGAAAAGUCAAACAGCGGAGACGAUUCGGUCGAAAGUAGCAGAGGCUAUAAGUCAAUGGCAGACAUCCAGGGCAUAAUUAGUACACAGGGGAAUGGCUCCACGAUGUUGUAAUAAUGCGAGUGAUGUUUAGCUUUCUUCCCCACUCAACGCUUGGAGCUUCUGCUUCGACAGGGCUUUCAUUCGGCGUAUGUAG